UGCCAAAAAAGAAUACCCCGGCACGCGUGAAGGCCGCAGCGCUCACAGAGAAGAAGCGGCCGCAUGGCCACGCAGAACCGCCCGCCGGCGCUGCUGCUGCUGCUGGUGCACGGCGGACAUAUCCCGAGACAUCACAGCGGCGUUUACAACAGCGAGCGCAGCAGCAGGGAGAGGAGGAAGACUCGCUAAAUUCCUCUGCUUCAUCACUUGGUGCAUAUUUGGCGUUCGGCACACGACUGCCGCUUAGCGCACUGAAGAAAGGCCCGCGCAGCCCGCCGUUGCAGCCGCUGCCAACAAAUGUGGACAACCGCAGCUACGGCUGUGGCGGCAAGAAGCGGGAGCGGCCGCGCAAAAGCAACGGUGAGACCGUUGUGAAACGCAUCCACGCUCCAUCGCCGCUCCCACGGCCGCCUGCCAGCGGCGAUGGCGCGCCGUGUGCUCUGAGCAGUGCACUGAGCUCUGCUUGUGCACGCACGGGUGCCGCUGCGGUGACUACAAAUGCCACUUCUGCUACUUUUACCCGAGGCCCUGGUGGGGUUGACGGGGUGGCUGAAAAAGGUAAAGGCCGGCCGCCUCAGCAUCGUCCCCGACCCUCAGUGAUCGUGGCGAAGGAUGCGUGGGGUGGAGGAAAGACAGACGAUGUCUUUGCGGACAUUUUUUCACUAUAA